AUGCAAAAAGCAUCGACCGGCUAUAGCCAAUCGGUCCUUCCUUUCUAUUCCAGCUGUCUGUCUGGCUACCUCGAUCAUCACCUCUCUCUCUCUCCUUUUCUUCUCUGUGAAGUUCUUUCCGAUUACUCUCCUCUUUCAAGCUGUUGUCAAGCUUUUUGUCUUCUGCGCGGUUGCUUGUUGAUAUCAAGGAUCAGCACCAGUGAUUACCUGGACCACACAGAUAGCUGGAGUAAUGGUACAAUCAUCCUCAAGCUCCGGAAUAUUUUUCCAAGGAGAAGGUCAAUUCCAGUCUUGAACAGUGUCGAGAGCUCAGGGCUGAAUAACCAGGCGAGUUCUCUGGUAACCGAUGCUAACUCGGGCCUUUCGGGUGGUCCCCAUAUUCAGAGAAGUUCGAGCAUUAAUACAGAAUCUUAUACGAGAUUGCCUGCAUCACCCAUAUCCUUCUCGUCUAAUAAUAUUGCCAUAUCUGGUUCGUGUACCAUGGAUGGAUCCUCUGUUGUGCAACCGAACUCCAGUCAUGAUCAACCCAGUCAACAAAGCCGGGGGCGGGGCCGUGGGCGAGGGCGUGGCCACAUGGGUGGAUCUAGUGUGGCAUCUUUGCCAGGGACGAGGCAAGUUCAGUUUGCUAGUCAUCAGAAGGUGCUGGACUCUUUUACACGGGAUGUAAAUACUAUACCCCGGCUGCAAAAAAGGCAACGUUUGGAGACCAAGCAGGAAGACAUUUUACAGCAGCAGGUUUUGCAGCAGGUUUUGCAGAGACAAGAUUCAAUGCACUUGCAGAAUUCUAAUCCUCAACUGCAAGCUCUGAUGCAAGAACAGAGGUUAAGGCAGCAGGAGCAGCAACAACAGUUUCUACAGGCUAUGACACCAAGUCAGAGGGUGCAGUUUUUGCAGCAGAAUCAGCAACAACUUCAGUUAAGUCAGCAACAUCAAAUUCAGGGAGUGUUGCCUGCAUGUGGGGGACCUCGGCUUUCUGAAAGUGGUGUGUGCUCACGUCGUCUAAUGCAGUACUUGUAUCAUGAGAGACAAAGGCCUUCUGACAAUUCUAUUGGGUAUUGGAGAAAAUUUGUGGCGGAGUAUUACUCUCCACGUGCGAAGAAGAGAUGGUGUCUAUCACGGUACAACAAUGUCGGGCAUCGUUCAGCUGGGGUGAUUCCCCAGGGGGCAGCGGAUGCAUGGCUGUGUGAUUUAUGUGGUUCAAAAUCUGGAAGAGGAUUUGAGGUUACUUUUGAAGUGCUCCCAAGGCUUCAUGAGGUCAAAUUUGGAAGUGGGGUGAUUGAUGAGCUUCUAUUUCUGGACUUACCCCGUGAAUUAAGAUUUGCCUCGGGAUUAAUGAUGCUAGACUAUGCAAAGGUUGUUGAAGAGAGCGUAUACGAGCAAGUUCGUGUUAUUCGUGAGGGUCAGCUUCGCAUCAUAUUCACUCCUGACUUAAAAAUUUUGUCGUGGGAAUUCUGUGCCAGUCGACAUGAAGAACUCCUUCCUCGUAGAUUGGUUGCUCCUCAGGUCAACCAACUACUCCAAGUUGCGCAAACAUGCCAUAGCACAUUAUCUGAAGGUGGUGCGGAGGGAAUUUCACAGUCGGAUUUAAAGUCAAGUAGCGUCAUGGUUGUAGCAGCUGGGCGUCAGCUUGCUAGAAGUUUGGAGUUACAGUCAUUAAAUGACCUCGGCUUUUCCAAAAGAUAUGUUCGAUGUUUGCAGAUAGCUGAUGUUGCUAAUAGCAUGAAAGACUUGAUGGAUUUCUGCAGAGAAUACAAACAAGGACCCCGUGAGGGCUUGGAGAACUUCACGGGACGUGCCACUGUGCCAGAUGUCGAAGCUUAUCAGACAGGACUUAAGGGCCCACCAACCGAUGCCAACUGCCUAAGGGCAUUCAGCCAAAUGAGCAGCAUAAACCAGCUCGUUAAUAGCCGAGGAGCUUCAAGUGGAUCACCACUAGCCUCCACUGCAUUGACCAACUGCCAAAAUUCGCUGACCAGACAAAACUCCAUGAACUCGACCAAUAGCCCGAUUCUGAAAGAGCCAUUACCUUCCAACCAAGCUCAGUCCUCAUCAAUGCCGGGCCCAUCUCGUUUUUCUCCUGGAAUUUUGCCUAAUGGAAUGGUGUUGCAGCAAUAUCUGCAGGGUAUGGGUGAAAGGUAUGAGGGGCAGACCCUUUAUUCGCAAAAUCAAGGUGGUCAAUGGGCCGGUCAAGGUGGGUGGUUGAGUAGGAGCAGCAGCUUUAAAGCAGCCUCUUCUGGAAACGAGUUCCCUGAUCCUGUGGGUUUGAGCCAAACGGCGCCAGAUUUGACGCAAAGUCGGUAUGGGACAGAUGAGAUAGGGUAUUUUACCGGUAGUGGGUUUUUCGACAAUGAUUUCGAUGGAAAUAUGAAAUUCAGCCAGAGGAUAUAA